AUCAUCUUCUAUGAGGACAGAGACUUCCAAGGUCGCUCCUAUGAGUGUAACUCUGAAUGCCCAAACCUGUCCUCAUAUUUCAGACGCUGUAACUCCAUUCGUGUAGAAAGUGGAAACUGGAUUCUGAAUGAACAUCCCAACUACAGAGGACACCAGUACUUCCUUCACAGGGGAGAAUAUCCAGACUUUCAGCAAUGGAUGGGUUACAAUGACUCUAUUAGAUCUUGUCGUGUGAGCCCCCAGCAUCUAGGUUCAUUUAGGAUUAGAAUUCAUGAGAGAGAAGAUUUCAGAGGUCAAAUGAUGGAAUUCACUGAAGAUUGUCCUCAAGUUUAUGAAAGAUUCCGCCAUCAUGACAUCUAUUCUGUCCAAAUACAAGAUGGAUACUGGAUGUUCUAUGAGGAACCUAACUAUAGGGGACAUCAGUAUUACCUGAGACCUGGAGAUUACAAGAGAUACACUGAAUGGAGAGCCACAAGACCCAGAAUUGGCUCCUUCAGACGUGUUUAA